AUGUCCGACGACGAUGACCGCCACACCCGCAACCACACCAUCCUCAACGCCCUCCUCCGCCAGUCAUACCACAAAGGCUAUAGCGCAGGCGUAUCAGCCCUUGCCGCCCACCAGGCUAUCGACCCUCCUUCCGCCUCUUCCUCCUCAUCUACCCCUCCCGCUCCUGCCCCGGUGGCACCACAAUCAACAAUGGCCAAAGACCUUCCUAGGAGAUAUGCCCCGGACUCCUGUUCCCCCGGCUAUCCCGCCGAACUACCUCCAGCCGGAAUGAGACCCACGCUUAUCAUGACGGUCCUUGCCGGGGGUUCUCUCUGGUUUGCCUUGCGCACUCGGCGUCGCGUCAAGGGUCUCGAGAAGAAGAUCAGAUAUCUCAUCUCUGAGCACCAUACACAAAACAUGGAGAACAGUAUCCAAGAGGUGCAAGGUGCUGGCUCGGGAAGCUUGGGAGGAGGCGGGACGCGUGGGAUAUUGGUCAAGUCUCCUGCAAAGAUUGGUGGGGAUACGUUGAGUGAUGCUGGAGUGUCCCCCACGUCGGUGGGGCAAGGGCUUUGGUCCUACUGGAGUGGGCAGCAACGUUCUGAAGAGCCUUCUCAGGACAAGACUCCUUCGGCUCCUUUCACUUCUUCAAAAUCCUCCACAGCACCCCUCAUUAGCACAUCGUCUUCUUCUAGCUUCCGGAUCGACGAGACCGGCAACCACAUCAACACCACCAACCCCGCCGACAUCGAUCGUCACCGUCAACCCGCCCCCACGCACAGACCCACCACCCAGCCCGAUACCGCUACCGCCGCUGACGAGAACAAAGGCAAUGAGAGGGAUCAAUUCGAAAUCAAUCCCGCGUCCAUCCCACCCGCGGCCAACAAGCAUAUCUACCCUAUGGGCGAUAUACACAAAGCUAUGGCGGAGCUUCGUGCCCAGCACACAUCCAAGUCUCAGUCUGAGAUUGAGGCUGAGAACGAGGAUAGGGAUGGGGAUGGGGAUGGGAUUGCCAAAAGCCCGAGCCCCGGGAGUCGUCACGAAAGCGUCACUACGUCCAAACGCCAGCUCGCUCGGGACAUUAAUGCUGCUAGGAUUGAGGUUGAAGGUGAACAGGCGGUGGGUGGGACUGGGACGGAGUCUACACGAGAUACAUCCACUCUCACUACCAACUCUUCAAGCUAUGCCUCCCCCAAAGCGAAUAAGGCAAAGACGGGCGAUGAAGAGCCGCUUCGUAAAGUGCUAGAAGACUCUAUUCGGGCGAGCGAUUCGGGACUACUUUCUGCCGCGCAGGAGCAGGAGGGGCAAGGGAAGACGAUGGAGGAUACCGAAGCUGAUCGUUCAUCCCUUCGUCGACCGCUGCAAUCUCCCAAAGAGAAGGAAGAUGGUCACCUGUUCUCUGUUGGGGAUAUCCAUACGGCUAUACAAGAGCUUAGCGGCCGACAUGCUUCUUCUCCCUCUUCUUCUCCCUCUUCUUCUCCCUCUUCUUCUCCCUCUUCUUCUCCCUCUUCUUCUCCCUCAGCAACAACAGAAGCUGAGGCUGAGGCUAAGAAGAGUGUCAUGAAGGACGAUGAGAGCGCGAAAGAUGGUGCGAAGACGAAGACUGGGAAGGGGAAGAAAGAUACAGAAAAGAUCACGGGAAAAGAGACGGAGAGGGGGGAUGGAAAUCUUCGGCCCGUCCAGCCCACCGCCACCGGAACAGACGCAGCCACCGCAAACGAUGCUCCCAGCCCCAGCAGCACCGCCAUACCCAACUCUUCCAACAAGUCCGAUCCUGAAGAGCCUGUGACCAGGGCUUCUCUCGCGCGCAUGUACAAGUCGUCGCCCGUCGAGGGCAGUAGUGUGGCCGAAACCUCGAGCGGACGCAAGUCCCUGUCCGAGUCCACUAUCGACACUACGACUUCUUCCCUUUCUCCAAACCCCAACCUUCUUGCGCACGACGAGUCGACCACCGAGGGAGCCAUUGCAUCGGAUUUGAGAGUCGAGCAGGAAAGUGCUGGGAUGGAGUUGAGGAGGAAGAAGAAGGAGAAGCGGGAGAGGAAGAAGGCGGAAAAGAAGGAGUUGGAGGCGAAGCAGAAGGAGAUGUCAGAUGCCGAGCAGGAGGGGAGGGUUGUUCAAGAUGAUACGAAGGGAGAGUCGGAUGCUUCAUCUAGCGCUUCUUCCCCUCCUCAUCCUGAUGCCUCUGAGAGCCCCUCCUCCGUCCCUGGCAGACUCCACAAGGCCAUAGCGGAGGCUCCAAGAUAUACAGGUGAUACAAAGGGAGAGUCUGAUUUAAGCGAUCGUCCAGCUCAGGCUACAAGAUCGUUCGGAGGUAAUGACAACAUGGCGCAAAAGGAGGCAGCUGCAGGACCGAAGAAGUGCAGCACCGGGAUUGAAACCCUCCACAUCAAUCCCCACUCCAACGAGAGAUGGUUCUUCCUGCGCAACUCCACCAGCUUCACUCCCUCUCCGCCUUCUUAUUCCGCUCCCUCCUCCCCGGCGUCCCCACCCCCUCAUCCGUCUGUCAACACCGCUGGGAGUGCAUAUCGACCCGGCUUGGGCUCGUCCUCAUACUCGUCGUCUUCGCUCUACUCUUCCGUCAGUCAUCCACUGGGCCAUCUCACCUCUGCCGCAUACACUUUCCGCCUCCCGAAUUAUUCAACCCCGUCAUCCUCAUCACUCUCGUUUCCCACUUCUACGCAUUCGCGCCAAGUGUCUGAGAAUGGGAGGAGCCCGGGGACUGAAUCGCCGGUGUACGGCAUGCCGGGUGAAGAGUUGCUAUCGGUAUUCAGAAGAAGGUCAGAGACAGAUCUCGGGAGGGAGGUCUUCCAGAGAGUUGCUUGGCGUGGUAUAAGAAGGGAGGCUGCUUUGUUCUACGCCAUGUCCUACGAGAUAGGAAAAGGUGCUGGGAUUGGAACUGGGUACAAACGCACGUGGGUGGACGAAGUCUCAACGUGGAUAGUGCCGACCGUAAUUCGUCCAUCUCAAGAUGGUCGCCGCGCGCUUGUUUAUCUCGACAGGCAGUGGCGCGAAGCGAGAGCUGUGCAAGAGCUCAAGAGCCUCCCUGAAAGCUUGGAUCGGGAGGAGGCCGAUGGAGAGGACAGGAGAGGUGUUUGGCUUUGGGUUGUGGAUGUGUAA